AUGGCAUCCAAUGCGACGAUUGAGAUGCCUUGUCUCGGGCGACCUUUUCAUCCGGGAAUGCUGUAUGAUUGUCGAAGUGAUCACCUGCUCCCAGCUAUAACUCUAUGGAAUCCAGAUAACCAUAAUGACAUGAUUGUUGAAGAUACAAUCAAAGAGAAAUCCUCCCAACUUGGUGUUGAUGCCUCCCUAAAGCUCAGCUUGCUAGGUGGUAUGUUUCACGUCGAAGGCUCGGCUCACUAUUUUAACGAUAGAAAACGCUCAAACAAGCAAUGUCGAGUGAGCCUAAAGUACACAUCGACCUCACGCUAUGAUCAGCUAUCAAUGGGCCACUUUGGACCCGGGGAUGUUCAACACCCGGAAGUUUUUGAUAGAGGCGACGCAACACACGUGGUCACAGCCGUUUUGUAUGGAGCCGAUGCCGUGUUCGUGUUUGACCAAGAAGUCAACAGCUCCGAGGACAUACUUGAAGUUGGUGGCGGUCUUAAGCUUGCGGCAAACAUUAUCAUCCGCUCGAUUGAAGGAGAAGCCAAGGUCAAAUUCAGCAAAGGGGAAAAAGAGACAUACAGCAAAAUUCACUGCCACUUCCACGGGGACUUCAGUCUUGAACAAAAUCCGCGAAAUCUCCUCGAGGCUAUAAACGUCUACCACCAGCUUCCGUCGAUCAUCCAAAAAAAUGGCCCGGUACCCAAGAAGGUAUGGCUCUAUCCGUUGGCCAAGCUGGACAACAGAGCAGCAAAAUUGGUGCGAGAUAUUAGCCAUAGCCACGUCGCCGAAGUUGAGAUGGUGGUGGAGGCGUUGUACGAAGCUGAAAGAGGCGUAAACGAUCUACACGACGUUUGCCACUCAAUGUUUGGCGGGUUGAAGCGACAAGCAAUCGAGUUCAAACAACUGCUCACCGAAUUCAAUCUUGAUCUGAAAAAGAAAUUAUUGCCAAUUUUGCCGAAAAUUCGAGGAGGUGGGGCAAGCGAGCAAAAAUUGGUCGAUCUGCUUGAACAAGUUCAAAAGUCUCCUUUUGCUCCAAUCCACCUCCAACGAUGGAUCGAGAAGAAAGAGAACGAAGUUAACAUGCUCAACUAUGUUAUUGAGCAGCUGAAAGCGAAAUUGAUAAAGGCCGACCAUAACAACAUCGCCAUUACCCAAAACCAAGCAGAAACGCAGAAAAUCUUUCAAAACUUUGACAACGACUUGGUGCUUGGGCUGGUUUUUAAUGUUGGAGGAAAACCGGAUUCGGUUAUGAGUGAAAUGAAAAAGUAUCUUUGUUCACAAACUUCUGGUCCCUUCGCUGACGAUAUUGCAAACUUGUUCCAGGAAACAUGUUCAUUCACAAAUACCUCAACUUGGGCAACAAAUCGAUGCAGUUCGUCGUGCAUGCCGAGGAUUCAAGCGACGGAAAUCUCCAUGUACACACACAGCUUCACAAACUAUCCGAAGGAAGCAAGCGCGAAUUCGAUUUACCUUCCACCCCCGGAAAACCAAAAGUUACAAUGCAGCCAAGCUCCGAUGAUCCCAACAAACUUCCACUCGCCAGAAAAUCUGAUCCUGAUCAACGAAACGCUGUCGAUUCGCUCAACGGACACCAAGAUG